GAGCGACCUGGCCCGGAGCGCAGGGGUCGGCGGCGGGGGUACUUCGCUGGUCCCGGCGCGGAUACUUGCGGUGGAGGAGUCGGCGCUCGGCCGAGACCCAAGGAUCCAGGAGUAAACACUAAAUGAGACUGCAGAAGAAUGAAUAUUCAUUUAGUGUCCUUUGUUGGCCAAGCCACCUGACAAGCAUUUCGAAUAUUGUGCUAUUCCUCCACCACCCUUGGCACAGCACUGGAGAAGCUUAGAGGAGCUGUGUAGCCUUGGGAGGGAAGCGUGAGCCUAGGAGAUGGCAGUGAUGGAAGUGGCCUGUCCGGGCGGCCCUGCCUCACCGGUCGAGCAACAGAAAGAGCUCACCAAGACCAAGGAGAAGCCCCAGGUGCUGGGGAAGAAGCAGAGUUGUAUGCAGCUGGAGGCCGUGGGCAAGAGCCCUGUGUUCUGUGGCAAAUGGGGCAUCCUGAACGACGUGAUCACCAAAGGCACAGCCAAGGAAGGCUCUGACAGCGGGCCAGCUGCCAUUUCCAUUAUCGCCCAGGCCGAGUGUGAGAACAGCCAGGAGUUCAGCCCCACCUUUUCAGGACGAAUCUUCAUCGCAGGCUCCAAGCAGUACAGCCAUUCAGAGAGUCUUGAUCAAAUCCCCAACAAUGUGGCCCAUGCAACCGAAGGCAAGAUGGCCCCUGUCUGUCGGAAGGGAAAACAUCACAGCAAAGCCCGAAAGAAACGGAGGAAGAAGAGCGUGAAGUCCCUGGUGCAGGCUGGAGUGGCCUUGACCAAGCCCCUGCCCAGAACCCCCGAACAGGAGAGCUGCACAGUCCCAGUGCAGGAGGAUGAGUGCCCACUAGGCACCCUGUAUAUCAGAAACGUUCCCCAGUUCACCAAGCCUCUGAAGGAACCAAGCCUCGGCCACCUCUGCCUUAGGAAACUCGAUGAAGGCCUGCAGCCAGUGCUGCCACGACCAGAACUCCACAAACUGAUCAGCCCCUUGCAAUGUCUAAACCACGUGUGGAAGCAGCAUCAUCCCUGGGACGUGGGUCCCCUACCUCGUCUCACCCACCCCUUCCCCUACAGCAAACUGCCACAUCCCUUCCCCUUCCACCCACUCCAGCCCUGGAAACCACAUCCCUUGGACUCUUUUGUCCUGAGCAAACUGGCCUGUAGAGAUGGCCAGCAGCCCCUGCCCAGCCCAGCCCUCUGCAGACCAGUAUGUGUGGACAGUCAGAAACCACUGCCCGGCCCACCCGGCGAACCCAGCUGCCCAGCCCCUGCCCAGGAGAAGUGUUCUGUAGAGGAGUACCUGGUGCACGCCCUGUGUGGCAGUGUGAGCUCAGGCCAGGCCCACAGCCUGGCCACCCUGGCCAAGACCUGGUCAGCAGAGCGCUUCAGGCCCCAGAGGCCCAGCCCCAAAACCGAAGACAAUGAGGGGGUGCUGCUUACUGAGAAACUCAAGCCAGUGGAUUACGAGUACCUGGAAGAGGUGCACUGGGCCACACACCAGCCCCGCCUGGGCAGAGGCUCCUUUGGAGAGGUCCACAGGAUGAGGGACAAGCAGACAGGUUUCCAGUGUGCCGUCAAAAAGGUACGGGUCGAGGUAUUUCGGGCAGAAGAGCUAAUGGCAUGUGCAGGACUAAGCUCACCCCAAAUCGUCCCUCUGUAUGGUGCAGUGAGGGAAGGUCCUUGGAUCAACAUCUUCAUGGAGCUGCUAGAAGGUGGCUCCCUGGGUCAGCUCAUAAAGCAGAAGGGCUGUCUGCCAGAGGACCGGGCCCUCUUCUACCUGGGCCAGGCAUUAGAGGGGCUGGAGUACCUGCAUGCACGAAGGGUUCUUCAUGGAGACGUCAAAGCUGACAACGUGCUCCUGUCCACUGAUGGGAACCGUGCGGCCCUCUGUGACUUUGGCCAUGCUGUGUGCCUGCAACCCAGUGGCCUGGGGAAGUCCUUGCUCACAGGUGACUCCAUCCCUGGCACAGAGACCCACAUGGCCCCCGAGGUAGUGCUGGGGAAGCCCUGUGACACCAAGGUGGACAUCUGGAGCAGCUGCUGCAUGAUGCUGCACAUGCUCAAUGGCUGCCAUCCCUGGACCCAAUAUUUCCGAGGGCCGCUCUGCCUCAAGAUCGCCCGUGAGCCUCCGCCUAUAAGGGAGAUCCCAGCCUCCUGUGCCCCUCUCACAGCCCAGGCCAUUCGAGAGGGGCUGAUGAAGGAGCCUGCCCACCGCGCAUCAGCUGGAGAACUUCUGGGGAAGGUAUGCAGGGCGCUGCAGCAAGUGGGAGGUCUGAGGAGCCCCUGGAGGGGAGAAUACAAGGAGCCAAGAUACCCGCUACAAGACCAGCCCACCUGCCCCCAGACCUCACCUGCACAGCAGCAGAAGUGCUCACCCCCAUACGACACAGGCCCGGCCCCAACGGUUCAACCUCGACUGCCACCAGAGCCCCCAGAGCAGAGCGAGUCUCCCACUCUAAACUUGAGCCAGGAGGACCCUGGCCCCUGGGAACCCUUGCCUCUGUCCUCCCUGGAUCUGGCCCCAGCUAGGAGCUCUGGCCCGCCAGAGCGGAGAGCAACCCUCCCUGAGCUGGAGCUGCAGCAACUGGAGCUAGAAUUAUUUCUGAACAGCCUGUCCCACCCUUUCUCUCUGGAGGAACAGGAGCAGAUUCUCUCGUGUCUCAGCAUUGACAGCCUCUCCCUGUCAGAGAGCAGUGAGCCCAGGUGCACCUGUCCCUUCCCCCAGAAGGACACAAGCACAGCAACAGUCCCUGAGCCUGAGCCUGCUCUGUUUCAGAACCCAUCAAAGGCCUCUCAGAGCUCGAGGGACACCCUGAGCUCUGGUGUACACUCAUGGGGCAGCCAGGCAGAGGCUCGGAGUUCCAGCUGCAACGCAGUGCUGGCCUGGGGGCGGCCUGCCGACACCCCUAGCUACUUCAACGGUGUGAAAGUCCAAAUACAGUCUCUCAAUGGCGAGCACUUGCACAUCCGAGAGUUCCACCGGGCAAAAGUAGGAGACAUCGCAACUGGCAUCAGCAGCCAGAUCCCAGCCACAGCCUUCAGUUUGGUGACCAAAGAUGGGCAACCUGUUCGCUAUGACAUGGAGGUACCAGACUCAGGCAUUGACCUGCAGUGCACCCUGGCCCCUGACUGCAGCUUUACCUGGAACUGGCGGGUGAAGCAUGGCCAGCUGGAGAACAGGCCGUAGUCCCGACUGCCACUGCCACUUCACUAAUAAAGCAGCAGCCUCCUUGGUGCCCAGCGCUGCCCUGAGAGAGGCUUAGCCUGUUUGGGGUCUGCUGUCCCCUGAGAGCAAGUGAAAUGCUUCUCAUCUGAGCCCUCAAGCCCAGCCUUCCAUGUGAAGAGAUAGAGGCAGGAGGAUUCCUGUCUGGGAACAAGAUAGAGGGCCAGGCAGAAGUGCAGGGGCUCACACCCAAGUCACACUGGACCAGGGCGGCAGUGUCCCCAGCCUUGGAUUCCUGGGAGCCUCAACCCCUGGCCUGGCUGUGCUGACCAUCGCCCCCUUUGGAAUGCAGGAGAAAGGAAAGGAUGCAGCCUGGGAAGGUCCCUUCACAGAACCACCACCUUCAGGAUCUGCCACAGCGCAGGUCCUCAGUCAACCUUCAGUUUAGCCAGGGACCAGAGAAGGUGGCAGGGGAAGUAGUUUUCAGUCCCCAAGCUCAGCAUGUGUCCUUUACUGCUGGCCACCACUGCUCCCCAGAGUGCUUGGCUCCUUGCACUCAGUUCCCUCAUCUAUAAGUGCAGGGUGGCAAGAGUGGUUUACAGCUGGGCGCAGUGGAUGCUACAGAGAGCAGCAGGGACAGACACUCCUCACCACCAGUGUCCCUCACACCACAGUGCCUUUCCCCAGCGUGGAGGGCCGCUGCCUGCCACACUUUGCACUCUGAUGACUCCAAAGCACUUUUCUGGCUGCCCACCAGCACAGUGGUGACUCCGUGAGGGUGGAGAAGGCCAUAGUCACCAGUGUGCACAUGUGACUGCCAGGCUUCACCACUCUUUAGACCACGCCCUCGCUUCUGCUCUGGAAGAUACUCAGCACUCAUGUAGCAUUAAAUCAACCGUGAAUUAGAGAUGCUCGUCCCACACCAAGCCAAGGUGGCCUAUGUCCAGCUGUCUCCAUGGGGCUGGCCUGCUCUGGGAGUGCCCACCUGACUGAGAGGGGCAGCAGCCUUGGCUCUGCAGUGUGUGAGUUGCAGAGCAGAGAACUAUGAGGAAUAAAACUGUGUUGAUGAAAGUCUGCAA